AUGACGGGACUUGAACUCGAUCCUGAGGGCAGUGGGGCACCAGCAGAGAUUUUUAUGGAGGGGAGGGACAUGGUAAGUGACAUGUCCCUUAUACGGAUCACCCUGACGGCUGUGCGGAAGAAGGUAAGUACAGAUGCUUCCAGCUUGAGAAAGGCAGAUCCCAAAGGUCGGAGUGCACUGUUGGCUGAUAUCCAGCAAGGAACUCGCCUACGAAAAGUCACGCAGAUCAAUGACCGCAGUGCCCCGCAAAUCGAGAGUUCUAAAGGAACCAACAAAGAAGGAGGAGGUCCUACAAACUCUCGAGGCGGGAGCACGCCCCCAGCCCUGGGAGAUCUGUUUGCUGGUGGCUUUCCAGUGUUACGACCAGCAGGCCAGAGGGAUGCAGCAGGCGGCAAGACAGGGCAGGGCCCUGGCUCCCGAGUGCCGUCUCCCCGGCUUCCCACCAAAACUAUCAGCGGCCCGUUCAACCCCCCUGCAUCUCCCAGGCUAGGAGACGCCUCCGAGGCGCAUGGCGUGGCCGGGACGGUCCCUCCUCGCCCCAGCAUGCCCGCCCCACCUCCCCCGCCCUUACCCCCGGCCCUGCCGCCAUCCUCCCCCGCCAAAGCCCCGCUGGUGUCCCCACCUGGCCCACCGACCAAGGGGAGCGCCCCGGUGCUCGCACCCCCUCUGCCCUGUGCACCGCCGCCCCCUUACGCCCCACGCACCCCCAGAGCCUCUCUGCCUGCGCCCCCGUUGCCGGGCGCUAACGACAGCGGUGAAGUCCCACCCCCGCGGCCCCCCAAGUCCCCGUGCUUCCAGGCCCACCCCCCCGAGCCCAGCGCGCAGGCCUUGCCAGUGCCACCUGCCCUUCCGGGGUCUCAGACGUUCCUGCCGAAGAAGAGGCCCGGCCGGGGCCCCGGCAGCGGUGGGGGAAAGCUGAACCCGCCCCCAGCACCCCCCGCGAGGUCACCCACCACGGAGCUUUCAAGCAGGAGCCAGCAGGCCCCAGCCUGGACCCUGACCCAGCAGCCUGGAGGUCAGCUGCGGAACGGAAGCCUGCACAUCAUUGAUGACUUUGAGUCUAAAUUCACGUUCCAUUCUAUGGAAGAUUUUCCUCCUCCGGAUGAGUAUAAACCAUGCCAGAAGAUUUACCCCAGCAAGAUCCCCAGAAGCCGCACACCUGGUCCCUGGCUCCACACUGAGGCGGCCGGCCAGAGCUCCGAUGACAUCAAAGGCAGAAAUGCUCAGUUAUCCCUAAAGACACUCCGGUGA